AUGGCAGCAGAGGGUGUUGUUAGCUUUCUCAUCGGCAAGUUGGACUCUUUCCUCGUGGAAGAAGCAAAAUUUCUGAAGGAUGUUUCCACUGAAGUCCGCUGGAUCAAAGACGAGCUACAGAUCAUGAAAGCAUUCUUAAGAGACGCAGAUGCAAGGGCUAAUAGCGACGCUGUGGUGAAAACAUGGGUGAAACAAGUCAGAGAAGUCGCUUACGACAUUGAGGAUGUUAUCGAUGAAUUCGUGCUUCGACUGAAACAAGAACCGAUCCAUCAUGGCGAUGGAGUCAAGGGUUUUCUUGGUAGAACCAUGCAAUACAUUGAGCAACCCAACAAGCGCCGUCGGCUUGCCAACCAGAUACAAGAACUUAGAACCCGAAUCGUAGACAUUUCAUCCAGAAAAGCAAAUUUUGACUUCAAGAUGAUUGAGCUAGCCUCAUCAAGUUCCAAUCGUUCAUCUGAUCAAGUAAGCCAUCUUCGAUCAACUGCUCGUUUUGUGGAGGAAGCUGAUCUUGUAGGCAUAGACAAUCCAAGAAAUGAAUUGAUUGGAUUGUUAGUAGAUGGAGGAUCAGGGCUUAGGACGAUUUCUGUAGUUGGAAUGGGUGGUCUGGGCAAAACAACUCUGGUAGGAAAAGUCUAUGAUAACAAACGGGUGAAAACAGAAUUUGAAGCCUUUGCUUGGGUCGCCGUCUCGCAGACAUUCACCCUUGAUGAUAUCUACAGAAGCACUCUAAAGCAAUUUUGUGGGGUCAGUAAAGAAGGAGCUGAAUCAAUCAACAAAAACGAACUAAUGGAGAAGCUGAGGGGCUAUUUACAGGAAAAGAGCAUUUUUCCAGAGGAUUAUUUGAUCAAACCCAUGAGAUUAAUUCAGCUAUGGAUAUCUGAAGGGUUUGUAGAAAGAAAGGAAGGCAUAACAUUGGAGAAGCUUGCUGAUGAGUACCUCCAUGAGCUCAUCAACAGGAGCUUGAUCCAAGCGGCAUCAUAUACAAAUUAA